UGCAGGAAUAGGCUUGAAAAGGCUUCACAACAUAAGCUUUUAGAGAAGGUAGUUGCAUAGUGAUAUUGCAGUAUGGCUGCUGUUCCUGCUCAGCUCCCUGAUGAGUUUGGUCCUGAGCCCACUGACGAUUCAGUGUUAAGGUUUAUAAAAACACAUCGAGCGUGCGCUGUUUGGGAAGGCAAGGAUCCAGGGCCACUGAAAUGCCGCGGUCGUAAUGACGAGUUCCGAAAACGACGCCGGAUAGUGGUGGAUGAUCGUAUCGUCGACAUUGUGAAGAGAGUUGGAUUAGAGGGGCUGUAUAGGACCCCAGGUAGAGAGAUUGAUCAUAACCUGAUCACGGCCUUCGUUGAGCGAUGGCGGCCUGAAACCCACACCUUCCACCUGCCACAUGGUGAGACAACGAUCACAUUACAAGAUGUGGAGGUUCUUUUUGGGAUUCCAAUCGAUGGUGAGGCAAUUGUUGGAACAACUGACUUGACAUGGAAAGAUGAAUGUCAGAGUCUGCUUGGAAUUGCUACUAAUGACACCACGCUUAAAGGACAAAGGAUCCAAAUAAAGAAGCUACUAGAAAAAAUUGACGAAGGGUUGCCCGAUGAUGCAACAGAGGUGGUUGUGCAUCAAUAUGCACGGUGUUAUAUCCUAGCACUCCUGGCAGACACAAUUUUCGCCGACAAGUCUGGUGAUAGGGUGCAUACGAUGUGGUUGCAGAUGCUGAGGAACCUUCGGAAUCCACCUCAGUACAGUUGGGGGAGCGCUUGCCUUGCAUGGCUGUACAGAGAGUUAUGCAAGGCAACCGACAGAGGUGCUAGUCAGAUUGGUGGGGCCUUGUUGCUAGUUCAGUAUUGGGCAUAG